GAAACCCUCCUAUAUCUCACCCCUCCUUAACUACUAUAUAUACUCAUCAAACACCCCAAGAUCAAACUCCAUGCCAAAAUAUUGCUCUUUUGCAUGCAAAUUAAAACCACCACCUUAUAUACAUGCAAUUGUGUAGAUUUAUUAGUUUUCUUCUUAUGAACUCCAUAUCACACACCAUUUUCUCUCACUAGCUUCAAUCACCAACACCAACACAAAACACACUCUCAACAUCUCUUAUCCAUCUUUCACAACUAUCAUUGUGAUCUCUCUCUCUCUCUCUCUCUCUCUCUCUCUCACAAACACACACUCAUCAUCUUCUUCAUUUAUUCACCAACUCUUUAUAUUCAUCUUGCUUAGGUGCCAUUUUAUCUCUCUCUCUCUCUCUCUCUCUCUCUCUCUCUCUCUCUCUCUCUCUCUCUCUCUCAAAAACAUUCUCCUCUUCUUCAUUUAUUCACUAACUCAUUAUAUUCAUCUUUCAUAUCUAUCAUUUUUUUCCUCUCUCUCUCUCUCUCUCUCUCUCUCUCUCCACUAUCUAAGCUUGAAAGAUGAGGAACAAGGCUUCUUUGUUCUUGAAGCACAUCUUCUCCGCCAUCGUAGCCGCGGUGAAGGAGAAGUCGAUGGCGGUGAAGAGCAAAACAAGCGCGAUAAAGACGCGACUCCUCAUCUUCGGGCUUCUGCGUAACAAGAAGGUCUUGAUGAGUGCAAUCAACCACAAAAUACAUGCAAUAAUGGGCCACGAGAAGAACAAAGACCAGGUCGCCGACGACGACCGCAACAAGGCGAUCGUCAUCUACAACGAAGGUGAACUCGAGUCGAGCCAAUCCCCGAGCCUCGUUCGAGCCGAGUUGGUGGAGUGCGCUGCGGUCGAGGACGGCUAUCCUGACCUGACGCACUCACUCUUCAGCGUGAACGACGAAGACGAGGACGAGGACAACGACGAAGAAGCGAUGGCGAACACGACUGGGUCGGUUAUCGAUCUUGUUCGACAUGCGAAGGAGGAGACCGGGUCGGAGUUCAAGCUCGAGGACGAGAUCGACCACGUCGCCGACGUGUUCAUUCGGAGGUUCCACAGGCAGAUGAAGAUGCAGAAGCUUGAGUCCUUCAAGAGAUACAAAGAGAUGCUUGAAAGGAGUGUGUAGAAGAAGGCUUUGGAGACAAGAAAAUAAGUCCACCUUGAUGUGUAAGCUUAGUGCAAGGAAGGAAGAGUCUAAAAUUUCAGACACACCUUUUUUUAUCGUUAGAUAUUGAUUUUGUGGCAUUUUAAGAUUCAGACAUAGUGGUAUCCAACUACAGAAAGGAAUGUACUUGAAAAGGACACAUAUGAUCGAAAUUUUGCAAGAGGCAAAAAGAUUAGUAUCAAACACGUACGUUAUUUUUAGACGCACGCGUUUCUACCGUUGGAUGUCGAUCACUUUGUGGUGCUUUAUGAAUCAGUUUGAGUGAUAUGUAAUAAUGAGGAAGAAUGUGUUUGAAAAAAAAAAAAAAAAAAAAAAAAAAAAACAUCUAUAAAAGUUUUUUUUAUUUUUUUGAUCGGAGUAGCUUCACUGAAGUUGGUAGAAUCACUCUGAGUGUAAGUUCUCUCUUGGGUGAUGUUAGAGGCAUGAGAAGAAGCACACUAUAAAGUGGAUAAUUGUAUCAUUUUAUCCUUCUUUAGUUUCCUUUUUUGUAGAAUUAGGGGAGUUAAAAGAAACAUAUAGCACUUAAUGUACCAGGAAGAAACUCUGUAUAUGAUGAUCUGAGUGUAGAUUUAACAAGGAAUAUUGUUUUGUAUUCCUAUCAAAAAUGUGCACAAGUUAUACAAUGUAAGAUCUUCACGAAGUAACUAAUGCAAAUUGUUGAUUCA